CGACAACGUCGCGGCAGCUACAUUCUUACGUACGUUAACUUUGCCGUCGCUUAGGUUGUUACUCGGCAGGAUAAAACGAAGAUAACAAGAUGUCACGUGUCUGCCUAUGGUUAGCUCUGACAAGCACACUCGUCUGCGGGACUCAAGGCCAGUGGCCGCUGGGACCGAAUUUCUUCCAUGGCAUGAGUCAACUGCAAACGAACCUCAACCGAAUGACGAUGCAGCUUGCGACCCUGGCCGAGCUGACAGAACAGAGGCGCCAGGUCAAGAUAAACGCCGAGUUGGCGCGCGCACAAGAAGGGGUUCCAUUCGGGGACUCCGGACGCGUGUUCGUUACCUCGGACGGCGGGCUGGGAUACACGUAUAACUCCACGGACGGCUCUGUGACUCUGUACGCGCUGAGUCCUGGAAGUCCGCCACACGGUUAUAUGUUCCACUCGGGACCAUCCGGAAACUCCUACAGCUCUUGGUGAUUUCCGUCAUACUACGUAGUUCUCGUGCUUUUCAGGAAUAUCUAUAAAAAAAUAAAAUAAGUGCUGGUAUAAUAUAAUAUAAGACGAACAAAACAACAUGUGUUUUGCAAGAUGCCUUUGUGGUCUAUUUUGACAUGCUAUACAAAACUGCUUUUGCACAAUAUUGUCAAUUAUUAUAUUUGCACCGUUGCCUUAUAGAGACACUACAACAAACAAACAACUACAAUGAAACAACAUCACUCUUAUCCUAUCCUGUUGAGUGCUGAACCUAAACUAAUGUAGUAUUAUGAGGUAUAAUGAAGAAGUAACAGUAUUGCUAUAUGAUUUUUGUUUUCUUAGCUCGUUAACAUUGGCUUCUAAUGCAAA